AUGUCUUCUUUUCACGAAAGACAAAAGUCGCUUUUCAACCAGUUGAAAGAUGCAGAAGAACAAUGCGGCUUUUCAAAGACAAACAAAAAAACACAAGCAGAUGAUUAUGGUUCAAUAGAUAGACGCACAUACAGAAAGUUGAAACAUGAAAUGAAACAGUUUAGAGGUAGAGAGAGUAUAUUUAAGAGGGCUGAGGCGAACAUUCGUGAAUGCUUACGAGCUAAAACCAUUCCAGAUCAUAUUAAAAACCCUAACAAGUGGGUUUAUUAUUCUUUAGCUGAUGUCACACAAGAACAAAUGUCAGAUGCAACAAACACAGCAACGGCACUAGCACUCAUUCGAGAAAUGGAAGAUAAAGCUACGCAGCCAGAAAUGGAGUGUGAUUUUGAUGAAACAGGUGUUUUCAAAAAGCCUUCUUUCCGAAUUUCAUCUACAAUAAAAAAAGCACCACUAGCUAGUGUAGAUGAUAAAGUUGUAUUUAAAAGCAAUAAAGUAGUAAUGCCAGAGUAUGUCGUGGGUGUUACAAAAAAAGUGGAAAAGAAAAAUACUUCUUUGAUAAAGAAGGUACCUAAAAAGUGUGAAAAGAAUGCUGAAUUGAAAUUAGACCAUCUGUUUGAAGAGGAAGAAUAA